AUGGUAAAUAAAGAAGAGGUGAAGAAAAAUAUAAAGGAAUUGUGCAAGAAUGACAAGUAUUCGAUUUUACUUCCCACUUAUAAUGAAGUGGAAAAUUUGCCGAUAAUAAUAUGGCUCAUUGUGAAAUAUAUGGAGGAGAGUGAGCUUGCCUAUGAAAUUAUUGUGAUAGACGAUGGUUCUCCAGAUGGAACUCUGAAUAUGGCUAAGCAAUUGCAACAUGUCUAUGGCGACGAUAAAAUAAUCUUAAAACCGAGAGAGAAAAAACUGGGAUUAGGAACUGCUUACAUGCAUGGAAUUAAAUAUGCAACUGGAAACUUUAUUGUUAUCAUGGACGCUGAUUUAUCUCAUCAUCCCAAAUUUAUUCCAAAAAUGGCUGAAUUACAACGAUAUUUGAACCUGGACGUAGUUAGUGGUACAAGAUAUGCACAAGGCGGUGGUGUUUACGGCUGGGAUUUCAAAAGGAAGUUAGUCAGUAGAGGUGCAAAUUUUUUAACACAGAUUCUAUUGAGACCUGGCGCAAGUGACUUGACGGGUAGUUUUAGGCUUUAUAAAAAGGAUGUAUUGGAAAAGCUCAUACAAUCCUGUGUAUCUAAAGGAUAUGUAUUCCAAAUGGAAAUGAUAAUCAGAGCUAGACAAUUCAAUUAUAUAAUAGGAGAAGUGCCAAUUACAUUCGUCGAUAGGGUCUAUGGUCAAUCUAAAUUGGGUGGUUCAGAGAUUUUUCAAUUUGCAAAAGGCCUUUUGUAUCUUUUUGCUACUACGUAAUUGGAAA